AUGACGACUAACUAUUUAGUGCCAAACACCAAACUGAUUAAUGGAAAUGUGUUUCAUUCAUUCGAAAAGAUAAAUGAAAUAUUCGCAAAGAAUGACGGUAGAAGAUAUUAUAGAGAACUUGAAAGUUCAUGCUAUGACUCUGAUGCUCCAUAUUUUGAUGAUAAACAAACUCAUUUAAGAAUUACAAAUCCAGCUCAUGAUGUGAACCAAUUAGGUGACACAUAUAUUAAACGCAAAGUUAAAGCAACUCUAGUUUCAAAUAAAGCUUUCACAUGUGAUGCCGCUUUUAAAUGUAUGCGUUUAUUCGUUGGUUACAAAUCAUCAAAUCAAAGCUUUAAACAAUUAGAAGGAGAAACCGAAAGAGGUGAUGCCGGUUAUCUUCAGAUGGACUGCGCCCGUGAAUCUUUUGCAUUUGCAACAUAUAAACCAAAAUCAGAAAGGAAAGUUAAAAAGUUUGUUCAUUCGUUAUAUAAUAAUGUUCAAAAAUAUGAUAACUCAGUAUGUGGUAAAUAUAUUGACCCUUCAGAAGUUUUCAAGAAAGCAAAUGAAGAAGUUGAUGUCACUUUUGAUAUGAUUAUUCCGGUAAAUGAUUUGUUAGCAUUUCAGGCGUUCGAUGAUUAUCCUAAAUCAUUUGGUGAUAUCAUUCUUAAAUAUUAUGUUUUCAGGGAUACUUUAGUAUUUUGUCAGGUUGACCCGUUAAGAGUUGCUGAUUUACAAAAUUACGUUUAUGAAAAGAUAACUGAUGAAAAUUAUGAAAAGAUUAUGAAUCAUGUUUAUAAAUAUGAUCGCAAAUUCCAACAAAUCGGACUUCCUGCCAAAUUAAUUACAAGCUUAGCCGCCACAUCUGCUGACGCAAUAGUUGAUGGC